CUUCUAGCACGAUGUGGUCGACGGUAGCGUUCGUGCUGGCGCUGGCCGCGGUGUCCCGGGCUUGCAACCCCAGUGUGACAACAGUGAGCGGCACCCACGCCCCCGCCACCGUCUGCUCCGGAGACCUCAUCUUCUCCGAUGAGUUCGAGGAGUUCGAUCUUGAGAAGUGGCAGCACGAGAACACCCUCGCUGGCGGUGGUAACUGGGAAUUCCAAUACUACAGCAACAACAGGACCAACUCGUUCGCACACAGCGGUCGCCUGUUCAUCCGGCCUUCGCUCACCGCUGACCAGUUCGGCACCAACUUCCUUACCAGUGGACUCCUUAACAUCGAAGGCGGCGCCCCCGCUGACAGAUGCACGAACCCACAAUGGUACGGCUGCGAGCGUCAGGGCACGUGGUCCCACGUGCUCAACCCUGUCAAGAGCGCGCGCAUCCGCACCGUCGACUCCUUCAGCUUCCGCUACGGUCGCGUCGAGGUGCGCGCUAAGAUGCCCGCCGGUGACUGGCUCUGGCCUGCUAUCUGGUUGAUGCCCGCCCACAACGUGUACGGCACAUGGCCUUCUUCCGGCGAGAUCGACCUGGUGGAAUCCCGCGGCAACAGGCACAUGUUCCAAAACGGUGUCCACAUCGGCACCCAGGAGGCCGGCUCGACCCUCCACUACGGUCCCUACCCCGAACUCAACGGCUGGGAAAGAGCCCACUGGCUAAGGAGGAACUCCGCCGGAUACGACACACAGUUCCACCGCUACCAACUGGAAUGGACCCCAGACUUCAUCAGGUUCAGCAUCGACGACGUUGAGCUCGGCCGCGUGACCCCCGGCAGCGGCGGCUUCUGGCAACACGGAGGCUUCAACUCCAACCCCAACAUCCUCAACCCAUGGCGCUACGGGUCCAAGAUGGCGCCCUUCGACCAGAAAUUCUACUUCAUCAUAAACUUGGCUGUCGGAGGUACCAACGGAUUCUUCCCCGACGGUGUCACCAACCCCUGGCCCAAGCCCUGGUGGAACGGAUCUCCCACGGCCGCGACCGACUUCUGGAACGCUCAAGGUAACUGGUUGCCUACUUGGAACCUCAACCAGAACGAUGGACAAGACGCCUCCCUGCAGGUCGACUACGUCCGCGUAUGGGCUUUGUAAAAAAAGACUGCUAUUUAUU